GCGCAUGCUCAGGGAAUGAUGUUGACGCAAAGCACCAUGGGACUUCCUUUCGCUGCGGGGCCAUAUUGGAGUUAACUUAACGUUGACCGGUCCUGACUAAACCGCAAACAUGGUGGCCGCAAAGAAGACGAAAAAGUCCAUGGAGUCCAUCAACUCUCGCCUCCAGCUGGUGAUGAAGAGUGGAAAGUACGUCCUUGGUUACAAACAGUCCCAAAAGAUGAUCCGUCAGGGAAAAGCUAAGCUGGUUAUCCUGGCCAACAACUGCCCUGCUCUCAGAAAAUCUGAGAUUGAGUACUACGCCAUGCUGGCCAAGACUGGAGUCCACCACUACAGUGGAAACAACAUUGAGCUGGGCACCGCCUGCGGCAAGUACUACAGGGUGUGCACACUGGCCAUUAUUGACCCUGGUGAUUCUGACAUCAUCAGGAGCAUGCCCGAUCAGCAGCCACAGCCUCAGUAGAGCUGUUUCCUCACAAUGUUAAUAAAAAAAAAAGUAAAAGAAGA